AUCCACGUAGUGAUGGAGAUCGUGGAGACUGGCAACCAAAUCCUUAACUAAAAAAAAGAAAGUCGAAAACAUUCUGGGAGUUGGUCUCUUUCAUUACACAGCUCAACGCCAAUCCCCAACCCAACUAAACUUUAGUAGCUGAAAUUAGGUCCCCUCCCUCCCCCCCUCCUUCUUUUAGCCACCUCCAUUUCCUCGAUAAUCCAUUCUCUUUAAAACCCAACCCUCCCCCAAAUCCCCUCACUGAAAAAAAUGAUUCUUUCUUUUCUUACAACCCUGCUUCAUAGACUCACCUUACGGUGGCCGGUGCUACUCUACGCUGCCACGUGGACUGUUAUUCUAACUGCGAUGGUGGCGGUGGCGUCGUUCUCGCCGGAGGUGGCCUUUGUCUCCGCCGUAUCUCAGUCAUCUUCGUUCUCGAAAGCGUGCGGAACAGAGGGGUCGGUUAGAGUUCCGAUGGACGUGGCGGGAGAGAAGCUGUGCUUGCCGGUUCACCUCUUCGGUAAGUCCAAAAUCGAUUGGAUUGUUCCUCCGGUUUUCGCGGCCGUCAUUGUUACUGGGUCGGCUUGGGUGGUCCGUGGCAUUGGCUUGUGGGAAUUCGACGAGGCCCAUUGAUUUCGGCUUAUUUCUUUUCUGAUGAAAUUCAUAGUCUAUUUUCUUUCUGUCUGAUUAUAAUAGAAAUAUAGUGUAAUAAAUUAACUCCAAAUAAAUAAAAUCAUAAAUUUUAUAUCUCAA